UCCUUGUUUGCCCUGCCUCUUCAGGUUCUCUUAAUUUACCAAUUUCUAACCAGAAUACAAACCUAGCCCAUGCGUAACCUCAAAAUUGACCUGCUAUCAAAGACAGUCCAAUAUAUCUUAGUGCGCUCGGUUACAGAUGAUUUCAUUGGCUGUUUUGACUGCGAGGUUAAAUACAGCCCGCCUCUUGUCGGCCUAGUUUUCUCAGUCUCCCACAGAAACUUACCUGCACUAACUAGAAAGUCCAGUUUCUCAAGCAAGUCCUAGACAACAUCGGAGAGUCCUGGAGGCAGCAUGGAUCUGGACAGUAAACGGCUGGUGGUGGUGAUACCGAAUGAAGUGUCGGUGCCCUCAGGCAGGGUGUUCAACAGUGAGGACGAGGCAUGGAGGAGCUACCUGGAGAACCCACUGACUGCGGCCACUAAGGCCAUGAUGAGCAUCAAUGGAGAUGAGGACAGUGCAGCAGCUCUGGGACUGCUCUAUGACUACUACAAGGUCAGAGAGAGGGGACGUGCCUCCAGCGGUGUUAAACCCACAGACCCCUCCGCUCUUGGACCCAAUAACUGUGGGAACUUGGAAAUACUAGACCACCAUCUUCAGGCUCUUAGAUCCGUGCCUGUCAACCUCUCUCUAAACAAUAGCACCACCACAGAACAUCAGGGCUGCAGGUACGGAACUACCAGCCUUGCAGGAGAGAGCAGAGCAGGAGAUGGUAAAGGUAAAGGUGGGGCAGCUCUUGCUCUGGUCAAGACAGAGGGCCAGACGUCCAUGGGAGUGUCCUCUUCUGGAGGUUCCUGUCUGGAAGAUCCCAGAGACCGGAUAAGGAUGGUUUACGAGCAGAGCUGCUAUGAUUUGUCCCUUUCUGGGUACUUGAAAGAUGAUCAGAGAAGCACUCCAGACAGCACGUACGAGGAUACUGUGGAGGGAGAGAUGUACCACAGAAGUCCUUCCUCAGGAAAUGGUGAUUUCCACUACAGCCUACCCGUUGAUAGUUUCCAAUACAGUCUGGAGGCCAGCAUGUCGCUGCGGCGAGGAGAAGGACCCAUGGCUUACCUGAACCGGGGCCAGUUCUACGCUUUGACACUGUCUGAGACCGGCUUCAGAUCAUCCCUAUGUCAGCACAGAGGCAAAGUGCGGGUGAGUCGACCGACGCUGUCACAGGGGCCUGAUGGGAGCCCAUCCAGUAGUGAGCAAUGCACCAUGGGAGGCUCUGAGCGGCAGCACGACAGUAUUGUACAGAGUGUUAUCAUGGUCGUCUUUGGGGAAGACAAGUGCAGAGACGAGCAGCUGAAGAAUUGGAAGUACUGGCAUUCCCGUCAGCACACAGCUAAACAGAGAGUCCUGGACAUUGCCGACUACAAGGAGAGCUUCUGCACGAUUGGGAACGUGGAGGAAAUCGCCUACAACGCUGUGUCUUUCACAUGGGAUGUCAGUGAAGAAGCCAAGGUCUUUAUCUCAGUGAACUGUCUGAGCACAGACUUCUCCUCGCAGAAGGGUGUGAAGGGGAUGCCUCUGAUAAUCCAGAUUGACACCUACAGCUACAACAGUUGCAACAGCAGACCCAUCCACAGGGCCUAUUCUCAGAUCAAGGUCUUCUGCGACAAGGGUGCUGAGAGGAAGCUUCGUGAUGAGGAGAAGAAACAUCUCAGAAAGAGGAUGAAAGUGGUUGCCUGGCAACAGAUGCAAGUUCACACUCUCUCUGGAUUAGGGAAAAAUGGCAGCUUGGGGCAAACCUCUCCCAUUAAGAGGGCUCAAAGCACACUGUUCAAAACCAUGAUAGACCUGGACUCCCAGCCUGUCCUCUUCAUCCCUGACGUCCACUUUGGAAACCUGCAGAGAGCAGGGCAGGUGUUUGCUUUUAACACUGAGGAGGUUGACAGAGAGGGGAGUGUUCUGGUGAAGAGGAUGUCAUGUGCUGCUGAGGAAGAUACCUGUCCACCUCAGUCCAAGAAGGUCAAAGUAGACGAGGAAAGGAGAGUUCUUCUAUACGUGAGGAAGGAGUGUGAUGAAGUGUUUGAUGCCUUAAUGCUGCACACCCCAACCCUCAAAGCACUGAUGGAGGCAAUCUCAGAGAAAUAUGCGUUGCCUGUUGACAAGGUGACCAAGGUUUACCAAAAAAGCAAAAAAGGGGUCCUGGUGAACAUGGAUGACAACAUCAUCCAGCAUUUCUCCAAUGAGGACACCUUCAUCCUGGCCAUCGAGAGCUCAGCAGAAACCUUGCAUGUGAUUCUGUCAGAGAUCUGACGGUUGUUAGCCACAGCGCUGUAUUCAUAGUUAUCAUAUUGUCAGACAGAGGUGAUCAGUGGUGGGUGAAGCUUUAGCCUCGCCACAUGUAAAAAUUGUGAGUAUUGUUAGCAGUAUUAGACACCAGCGACGUCUUUAUUGACGUCCACAUAAGAUUCUCAGUAGGGUUUGUUGCCCUGAAUGGAUCAUUGGCCAAAAUCCACAUCCACCGCACCUGCUGUGGUACCUGUUAACAGACAACCUGCUGGAGGAGUUCUUGCACUAGGAACUCAUUGUGGAUUUGUUGUUAGGUGGGAAAAAUCUUUCGAACUACCUUUGCAAGUCUUCACUAGCUCAUGAGAAUUGACUGAGAUGAGAUCACCACAAAGCAUCCAUCCAGCAGCAUGCUGUGGUUUCACAGGAAGUAGACAGAACAGUACACAGUGGCCUUAUUGGAUUAACAGCAGGGACUGCUAUUUGGUUCCUCUGUGGCCUCAGCCGUUCUUCCUGCUACGUCUUCUAGUGGUGGAAGUCUUUAAACGACUUGAUCAGAUGCUUGAGAGCAAGUUUAUCUUUUGCUGCCACUCAGCAGUUCAAGGUAAUAUUGUUCAAGGCCUAUUGUUCUGUAUGUAUAUAAUUAUUUCUAGACGUGUCUUGAAAGUAGUUCUGGUCCCUCGAUUUAGUCAAAGUGAACUUUGUCUAAUUUUUAUUUGUUGUCCAUCUUUUUUAUUGAUUGGUCAUAUUUUUACUCCAAUUGGUGCCAGUGAAAUAACGGUUGUGAUUACAUGCUGAUGUCUCAGGAUCUAUAAUUAGACAAGGCACCAUUAUGGAAGAAGACUGCAAGUCUCCAGGAUGCUGUUAAACUGUUUAGCUUCCUUUGUGCGAAUGUUUAUUGCUUUAUCUCUCUCUGACGAGACUGUAGUCAGUCGUAUUUAUGACAGUUAGGGACUUAGAAAGCCCAAAUGGUCCAUUUACACAAUCCUUGUCUGAGGCUACUGCAAACCAUCAGAGCUUAACGGUCUAACUGCUCUGUUCCUGCUCACUGCCUGUGUUUACACCUGAGUCACUGACAACGUCUCCAUCAUUCAUACGCUUCAUGCACUGUGAUGUACAGUCUUUUAAAUGAUUCAAUAAAUAUAGUUUUAUAUGCA